CCGAUCGAUUUAUUCUCCGUCUCUACCACUAGUAAACCCUGCUCACCAUGGCACGAUUCCGUAGAUCUGCACUCCCAACACACGCCCAAGAAAAGGGCAGGCUCGAUGGCAUCGAUCCCAAUGCCAACGCCUUGAAUUGGAACAUCCGUCGACCCACUCAGGGGCCCGUCGGCCUGGCCAUCAAGAACCACUUUGUGGCCAUGGUCGGAGAAUAUGUCGGAACUACCCUCUUCUUGCUGCUCGCCCUUGGAGGUACCAACGUCGCCAACAUUCCCAACAACUCGGUGACAGGAGUAACUACGGAAGGUCAAGAUGGUACCGCUGCUGCUGCCGUCAACACCUCCUCCCUCCUUUACAUUUCGCUCUGUUUCGGAUUCUCACUUGCUGUGAACGCCUGGAUCUUCUUCCGAGUCUCGGGUGGUCUGUUCAACCCUGCCGUCUCGCUCGGAAUGGUCUUGGUCGGAGCCUUGACUCCCCUUCGUGGAGCAUUGUUGACGAUCUCUCAGAUUCUCGGGGGCAUCACCGGUGCUGCGAUAAUCGAUGCCCUCACUCCCGGAACUCUCAACGUCAGGACCUCGUUGGCACCAGGUGUCAGCGUGGCCCGAGGCCUCUUCAUCGAGAUGUUCAUGACUGCCAUGUUGAUGAUCACCAUCUUGCUGCUCGCCGCCGAGAAGCACAAGGCUACUUACCUCGCUCCCGUCGGCAUCGGUCUCUCCCUGUUCAUCGCCGAGUUGAUGAGCGUCUACUACACUGGUGGAUCUUUGAACCCUGCUCGAUCGUUUGGACCUAGUGUCGUAUUGAGGACCUUCAACGGGUAUCACUGGAUUUACUGGCUCGGACCUGCGCUCGGAGCUACCGUCGCCGCUGGUUUCUACAAAUUCAUCAAGUACCUCGAAUACGAGACGGUUCUCGGACCUGAGGAUGGAGACGCGCCUGCUCCCGGUCGAAGUCCUGCUCAAGGUUCCAUGCUCAGCGGCGGAGCGCCUGCCAUGACCGGUCCGAACGUCGCUGCUGGAAAGAUGUACGAGGACGCAUCCGCUAGCAAGGGACCCACGAUGGCCAUUCAAGGAGCGGGUCUCGGAGAUCUUCUGACUCAUGGUGCACCAUCGAACGGUUUGCAGGCCUUCGACACGAACGUCAACGGCGAUCAGUACUAUGCCGAGCGUCUGGACCGUAUCGAGACGAUGCUCGGCCAGCUUCUGGCCACCGGUUCUACAAUUGCUCCUACCGCUUCUCAUGGCCUUACUGAUGGAGGAAGGUCUUCCAUGGCGACGCUCCACAAUGACGUCGGUCUCCCUAAAAGCCCACUAUCCGGUCACCCGCAUACCCACGAUCCCUUGGCGCAUCCUGCUGGAUACGACAACAACGAGGCUUUGGGCAGGAAGCUUUAAGAAGCAGCACUCCGAUUUACCGCCCUGGUUCGCUCGGUGACGUCUCUUAAUACACGAAAAGCACACGACAUCACUUGUAUCUAUCUCAGUCUCUAUGCGCUCGCUUGACCGUUUCUGUAUCCACCAAAUCAGG